GCGCGCGCCGCCGUCGCCUGGUCGGAGUUGCUGGUCUCGGGGGUUUGAGGGUGAUGGCUCUGGCUGACCGGCCCGAGGCGGCGGGUGCCGCUGUUCCUGCUGUUGCUCCCGAGAUCUCCGGCCGCUCCUGGUCAUGAGAGGAAAGACACUGGGAAACUGCCAUGUCCAACUCAACUCUUCUGAGGUUUGAGGAAGUAGAGUUCGUGGCGUUGGAGCCUCGGAGAAAGCCUUUAAGUGAAAUGCUUUAAAACCUAAACUGCCACAGCAGUAACUACAACACUAUUCAAAAACUAGAAACGAGGAGACAGAGCCCUGAAACAAACAGAUCGGCAUCAGAGAACAAGUACACAGGGCCAUGCAAGCCCACUGUAGCCAACUGCACAGUCCUCCAGGAACUGCAGGCAUUGAGGAUGCCUCAGCCUCCCAGUGUGUCCACACAAGAUUGACAGGAGAAGGUUCAUGUCUUCAUGCUGGAGAUGUUCAUAUUCAGAUAAACUCCAUACCUAAAGAAUGUGCUGAAAAUCCAAGCUCCCGAAACAUAAGGUCAGGUGUCCACAGCUGUACCCAUGGAUGUGUACAUAGUCACUUUCGGAGUCACUCCCACAGUGAAGCAAGGCAGCCUGAUGACACUGCCUCUGAGUCUGGAGAACAUGGUAGCAGCUCCUUCUCAGAAUUCCGCUAUCUCUUCAAGUGGUUACAAAAAAGUCUUCCAUAUAUUUUGAUUCUGGGUGUCAAACUUGUUAUGCAGCAUAUAACAGGAAUUUCUCUUGGAAUUGGGCUGCUAACAACUUUUAUGUAUGCAAACAAAAGCAUUGUAAAUCAGGUUUUUCUAAGAGAAAGAUCCUCAAAGAUUCAGUGUGCUUGGCUACUGGUAUUCUUAGCAGGAUCUUCUGUUCUUUUAUAUUACAGCUUUCAUUCUCAGUCCCUCUAUUACAGCUUAAUUUUUUUAAAUCCUACCUUGGACCAUUUGAGCUUCUGGGAAGUACUCUGGAUUGUUGGAAUUACAGACUUUAUUCUGAAAUUCUUCUUCAUGGGCUUAAAAUGUCUUAUUUUAUUGGUGCCUUCUUUCAUCAUGCCUUUUAAAUCCAAGGGUUACUGGUAUAUGCUUUUAGAAGAAUUAUGUCAGUAUUACCGAACUUUCGUCCCCGUACCAGUUUGGUUCCGUUAUCUGAUAAGCUAUGGGGAGUUUGGUAACGUAACUAAAUGGAGUCUUGGGAUAUUGCUGGCUUUACUAUACCUCAUACUAAAACUUUUGGAUUUUUUUGGACAUCUGAGACGUUUCAGACAGGUUUUGCAAAUAUUUUUCAUGCGACCAAGUUAUGGAGUGGCUGCCAGCAAGAGGCAGUGUUCAGAUGUGGAUGAUAUUUGUUCAAUAUGUCAAGCUGAAUUUCAGAAGCCAAUUCUUCUUAUUUGUCAGCAUAUAUUUUGUGAAGAGUGCAUCACCUUAUGGUUUAAUAGAGAAAAAACGUGUCCACUGUGCAGAACUGUGAUUUCAGACCAUAUACACAAAUGGAAAGAUGGCGCUACUUCAUCACACCUUCAAAUAUAUUAAGUUGUAUAAACUGUCAAGGCCACAAAACACUCAUUUAAUUCGGUUACAGUGACUAUUAGGAUAGAUUCUUAGGGGUAGAAGAAAAAUAUUUUCGAGUGGUUUUAUAAUAUCCAAUUUAUCAAAAAUCUAAAUGAA